GGAGAAUUACCCACCAGGGGGAAAAAGAGAUCCGUGCCCUUUUAAUCAAAGGAGACCUUCCCUCAAACAACUGGGGUUGGCCGAGGGUCCAGCUCAGAAGAGCAACACAGCAGUGAGAAGCCACGCCUUCCUGCAUUACACAAUGCUGUUUUUAGGUUAAUCCUCCAAGGAUAUUACGGUUACUUUCAAUGGUUAAUGAAUAGCUUCUAAGUGCCUACUUCACUUAAUUGUCCAAAGGCCACUUGGUCCCAGAGCAUAUAAAGCUUCGAGCUGGCUAAUGAAAGCAUUCUCGAGGAGCAAGGGAAGCAGGGGAGAGGAAGGGCUACGGAGGGGCAGGGAUGCGGAACAGAACCGGUCUAGUGCUCUGUGCCCUUGUCCUCCUGACGGGCUUCCUGAUGAUCUGCCUGGGAGCCUUCCUCAUUUCCUCAGGAUCGAUGUUCAACUGUCGAGGGAACCUGAUCCUGGCCUAUAUGCUUCUGCCCCUGGGGUUUGUGAUCCUUCUGAGUGGAAUUUUCUGGAGUACCUACCGCCAGGCCAGGGAAAGCAAAGGGGUGUUCACGCACGUGCUCAGACGACACCUUGCUCACGGGGCACUGCCCCUGGCCACAGUCGACAGGCCAGACUUCUACCCCCCUGCGUAUGAAGAGAGUCCUGAUGUGGAGAAGCAACCCUGUCCGGCAGAGGGAGAGGCCUCGGAUGUCCCUCCACCUGUGUACACAGAGAUGGGCCUUGGAUUCGAGGAUGCACCUGACGCCCGCCCAGAGGCCCCACCUUCCUAUGAGGAGUCCGUGGCAGGCGGGGUGGCGACAGCCACACCAUUUGAAGGAUGCUCAGGAUGCUGAAGCAGGAGAUACUCUCUAGUGCUUGGGAUGCACCCUCAAGGGAUACGGCUGCUGGUAGUAAACGCGGGCACUGGACGAUAGGAGGGAAAGGGUCUUCGGGGACCCUCACGAGCACACGCCGAGGAGAUGCGGGAAACGACAGCGUUACGGUUUCCUGGACAUGCUUUGGUCUGCAAGGGCAGCGUGGGGUCCCGGAAGGGUGUGGUGGACAGCAAGCCACAUUUCAAAGGAUCCACACUAAUCUCAGCCCAGUUGGGCUUUUGGACAGCCGUUUGGAGCUGUGCCCCAAGAGGCUUUUAGCUCUCACUCAACCCCCUCCAGCACCCCAGCCCCCAAUGGGGAGAACAGGUGCUGCUCAUGGACAGCCAUGGGCUUUCAGGUACAUUACCCAACAACUGCAAGAAGAAAGUGUGCUGGAGACGAAGGGUCAUCAUCCUGUUUAAUUUGCAGGUUUUGGUGGCUGGCUUUGCGGCUCCCCCCGUUUACCCUAUUAACUAGAGUGACAGCAUCGUAAUUCACCUUACGGGAGGUUUCCUCUUGGAAGCCACGAAUGUUACUUUGUAUGACUUUCUUUUAAUUGUGUGUGUGUGUGUGUGGUUUCUAUGUGGACAGCAACUGUAAUAUUUGUUUUCAAAAUGGCUGGAACACAGAAUUUUGAAGGAAGAUCUUAAAAACGGGAUGGUUGUACAAGCAGAGAGGACAAGAUUUCUCAGACACUCAAGUGGAACAGACUUAAAAAUUCAUAAGGCACAGAAUUUAGGGGAAGAAACUGUAUUAGCCAUAGGUUGUAUGAAUCUAGAUUUUGAUGUAAAUCUUGAAAAGCAUUAAAAUAUACAUGUAUAUUUCAACAAAUCGCCCUGUGAAUCUCUAGACUUUGAAAGAAAGGAGACUAUGGUGGAAUGCUUUGAUCCUUAACAGAAAGUUCUUUGUGUCUCAAGAUAUGGAUCCAUGCAUUUUUGACUCGGGACAUUUCUUUUAAAACC